CAGUCGCUGUCUCCCACUCGCUUAGCACGACUCUCAGAGACGUCUUUGAACUAUGGCUACCCCGGAGCUUAGCACGUCACACAGUGUCUCACCAGCGUCGUCUACCACAUCCAAGCUCUUCCAGGGUCGCAGAGCCUCACUCGCGCUCGACGUUGUCGUCGUCGGGUGCGGCCUUGGCGGUCUCGCCGCCGCGUACACUCUCGCGCAGGCAGGGCAUCGCGUCACCAUCCUCGAGGCCGCCCCCGCCAUCGGCGAGAUCGGUGCUGGGAUACAGGUCAGCCCGAACCUGACGCGGCUUCUCAUCCGCUGGGGCCUCGGCGAGCGCCUCAAGCAGGUCGCGGUCAAGCCGGAGGCGAUCACGUUCAGACGGUGGGAGACCGGAGAGACAGUCGCAUGGACGCGAUGGGGGAACACGAUGGACGAGCGGUACGGCGCGCCGUACUACCACAUUCACCGCGCGGACUUCCACAAACUCGUGUACGAGCUCGCCGCUCCCCAUUGUACGAUCCGCACCGACUGCCGCGUGACGUCUAUGGACCCUGCUGUGCCCUCGCUCACGCUCGCCUCGGGCGAAGUCAUUACGUGCGACGUUGUCGUCGGCGCGGACGGCGUCAAGUCACUCGUGCGUGAGUACGUCGUCGGAGGGCCUGACAAGCCCGUGGCGACGGGCGACGCGGCAUACCGCGCGAUCAUACCCACCGAGCUACUGCUCCAGGAUCCGGAUCUGCGCCCGUUGGUGGAGGACCCCGAGAUGGUGGGGUGGAUGGGGCCCGAGAGACACAUUAUGGCCUAUAAUAUCCGUGCGAAGAAGGAAUACAAUGUAGUGCUUGCGCAUCCUGAUGACGGCUCUGUCGAGUCCUGGACUGCUGAAGGCAGCGCCGACAAAAUGCGUGCAGAGUUCAAGGGCUGGGAACCCAGGAUCCAGAAGCUGCUCGCGCUCAUUCCGUCCACACUGAACUGGAAGCUCAUGGACCGCGGGCCGCUUCGCACCUGGGUGCACACGGACGGGAAAGUCGUUCUCCUUGGAGACUCGUGUCAUCCCAUGCUUCCAUACCGUGCACAAGGGUCCGCUAUGGCCGUCGAAGACGCCGCCGUGCUCGGCAACCUCUUCUCGCGCGUCUCGUCGCGCGAGCAGAUCACGCCCCUGCUGUACGCGUACCAGUCCAUCCGGUACACGCGCGCGACGGACACGCAGGCGUCCUCGCGGCUCAACCAGCACAUCUUCCACCUGCCCGACGGCGCGGACCAGCGCAAGCGCGACCGCGAGAUGCGCGAGGCGAUGGAGCUCGCGCGGCGCGCGGCCGAGGGCGGUGCGGGCCUGGCGGCGGUGGGGAACGCGGGGAACGCGAAUCAGUGGGCGGACGAGCGGAAGAGUGCGAUUCAGUUUGGGUACGACGCGGACGAGGAGGCGGAGCGCUGGUGGAAGGAGACGGGUGAGCGGCUGAUUGGGAAGAGCGGGUAUGGCUCCAGAAUGUGAGUAUUGCCUGUCGCUGGGCGGCGAUCGCUGGUGGACCGCGGUGUAGGUGCAGCGGUGCGUCGUGUAUUGUGGGUACCCGGGGUUUGGGGUACCUGCGUGCUGCGUCGGGCUUGGUGCUCAUUGUAUGUCUUGUUGUGGCUGGGACAGGGCUGGCGAUGCUUUUGGCAACGGCUUGCCGAACGGUGGUACUCACGAGAGGGAAGAUGCGUGGAAGUGGGCUGAUGGGCGCAUUGAGAUCUCGGAGAAGGUGUUUGGAGGGGUGUCGGGACGGUAACAUCGUUCGCUUGCUCGCAUAGUUUCUCAACCAAUUACCCUCGCGGAGUGCCAACCGCGACUUCGUUGUAUAAAACUGUAAUUUUUAGGCAUUUACCUCUGUAUGUAUGAGUAAAUAUACUGCACAUGGC